AUAACGUGCGAAACAUAACAUCACGAAGAACGCAGCAGAGAACCCAAACAACAAUUUUUAGGGCGGGUCAGUUGUUUUUCAUUUUAUUCAUUUGCUGUUUGUUUUUUAAGCUUCCCCUAGUUUUAAUUAAACUUUUAUUUAAUUUCAAUCUGUUUCGAACGAAAUAAAAGUAUGUUUCAAUUACAAACAGUGCAGCGUGUGUUUUUGUGCACCAUUUUAACAGUGUGUUUGGCCCAAACAGUUCUAAGCAUUAAAUGCUGGGAUUGUCGUUCUGACAACGAUCCAAAAUGCGGAGACCCAUUCGAUAAUAGCACCCUGGUUAUCAAGGAUUGCGACCAAGAACCCGAUUUGGAACACCUGCCGGGAGUUAGACCAACCAUGUGCCGAAAAAUCCGACAAAAGGCUCACGGUGAAUGGCGCUAUAUCCGCAGCUGUGCCUACAUGGGAGAACCCGGUAUUGAAGGUGAUGAACGUUAUUGUUUGAUGCGUACGGGUAGUUAUAACAUUUUCAUGGAAUACUGUACAUGUAACAGCAAAGAUGGUUGUAAUGGAGCUAGUCUCAUGAGUGGCAAUCAAUUGGCCAUAGCGGUGACAACAAUGCUGGUAUCAACUAUAGCUUGGUUUUUGCGACAUUAAUCACAAGGGUUGAAAUGUUCGUAGUACAAAAGCCACAAAAUCCAGCAUAGAAGAACAACAGCAAUCAGAUAACUACUUAUAUAGACAAUUACUGUGCCUUACUCUUGAAUAUUUGCUCGAAUCUCUAGUUCUUUAUUUUUAUAAAGAAACGUUCUUUGCGGUUUUACAAUAAGUUUAAAAUGACAUACUUAAAUGACUGAAUGUAUUGCCGUCCACAUCUAUUAUUUUUAUAAUAGAAGAAACAUUCCAUAUCGUCAAAGGGUGCAUUUCUUUUAUGUAAAUUUCAAUUAAAAGUUAUUUUUCCAAUAUUAACCAAGUAAACCAAAUAAAUAGCACGAGAUCAUUACUGAAAGGAUUACUAGCCCAUUCCAAAUAAAAAUAUUCAAAUACCAUUCACUUGAUAUAAAAAGUAAGCUAUUGCAUUAUUUAUAUUUAAAUUUUAAUUGAAAGUUACAUGUAGAACACCACCCGUUAAUAAUUCCAAAUCUGUAUUAUUCUAUAAGCGACACAAUAUAUUUUUUAGAUUUUAUACAAACUUUUAAUAUAUUACAUAAAUUUAUGUAAACCAAAUACAAAUUUAACAUGAACCAUA